UGCGUUUCCUAAGGUCAAUCAAAGACAGACAAAAAUGUUCAGAAAUCAAAACAUUAGAAAUGAAUUGGGAAUAGAGUUAGUAUAAUAGUACAUAAAAUAAAAUGCAGAUAAAAAUGAAGAUUACACAUAAAACGAAUGCCUGACGACUGAGUACUAAAACAAAUUCUGGAACACCGACCAAGCGACGUCUGAAAACGAAAAACCUGCAACAUAAUUUAUGAAGACAGAAUAAGAUAAGAAAUGGGUGGGAAUUUUCUUUGAAACUAAAAUUUGUGAUCUGUGGUCUCUACUGAUUUCUUGGCUUGUGCAAAGAAGAAAAUUAUUAUUUAUAAUAAUAUGAUUUUACCCUUAAUAUAGCAUCAAGUUUCUGCAUAUAAUCCGAAGUGUCCUUUAAAUUAAAUUUCUGAAAAAUAUUAAGAGAUACGGUUUCUCUCGGGUGUUACAAACAUUCAAGACGAAUUUGAAAGGCUGUGGGAGAAUAGCAGACGACGGUGCUGGUACAGUAAUCUAUGACACAAGACCUUCCUAGUCCUCGAAAUUUAUAUACUACGUAUAAAGAUGCUGUCCAGUACAAGAAAAGUCGGUCAGAUAUUUGUAAGUUUGGAAGGGUUUGCAUAUGUUGUAUUAAAUGCUGUGUGGUUGACUAUUCGAGUAAUGUUAUAAUGCUACGGAAUUCAAAUACAAGAAAUCUGCAAAGUACGUGUUGUGCUUUGAGCGAUACUUUGUUUGUGCACAGAGACACACAAGAGAACAAUCCUGAUGUGCAUUUUGAAUUUACUUCAGAGAAUUUGAAGCGUGCAGAAGCCAUCAUGGCUAUAUAUCCUGAAGGCCACAAGAAGGCAGCAGUUAUUCCUUUGCUUGACUUAGCACAGAGGCAGCAUGGGUGGUUACCAAUUACUGCAAUGCAUAAAGUGGCUGAGAUUCUUAAUAUGCCGAAAAUGCGAGUGUAUGAGGUUGCAACUUUCUACACCAUGUUCAACAGAAAUCCAACAGGCAAGUACCAUGUACAAGUAUGUACCACAACACCAUGUUGGCUCCGUGGAUCAGAUGAUAUCUUGAACUGUAUCAAGAAGAAGCUGAAUAUUAAGCCAGGAGAGAUGAGUGCUGAUGGACGAUUCUCUCUAUCAGAAGUGGAAUGUCUUGGUGCUUGUGUUAAUGCUCCAAUGAUACAAGUCAAUGAUGACUAUUUUGAGGAUUUGACAGUGAAAGAUACUGAAGAAAUUUUGGAAGAUUUGAAGAAAGACCAAAUACCCAAAGCAGGGCCCAGAAAUGGGCGCUUUGCAGCUGAACCCAUAGGUGAACUGACUAGUCUAAAAGGGGAACCUCCAGGUCCUGGAUUUGGUGUGAGAUCAGAUUUGUAAUAAAAGAAAUGUAUUGGCUUUAAUAGAACCAGCUGCAAGAAAUGUUGGCAGAAAGACUGCUUCUGUCCAUUACACAGUUAAAUAUGCAUGUUAUUGGUGCUGUCCACAUGGCUACUACCAAUGGAAUGUGGUGUAGCUGUAUAAAGUGAAUUAAAGGUACUGUAAAAAUUAGUGUUAAACUGUGGGCUCAUGUUCUUGAAGGAUUGAUUGAUUGCAGUCGCUAUUAUACAGCUUAUAGUCUUCAUAAAGUAAACAAGUAAAGCUGUCCUGUACAUGCCAUUUAGGCACUUGUGAGGAGAAGAGGUGUAGCUCCUACUCAUUCUUGACCUCGGCACUAGAUAGGGGCAAAUGGUCAUUGUCACACCCUGGCUGUGCUUUACCCUCAGGAAAGUGCCCCAGUACCCAUUGGACAGGAGGCUGGGUGGGCCCCAGAUCCUGUCUGGAUGCAGAGUAGAGGAAAAAUCCUCUGCCCAAGUGGGGCCAAAGUAUUUGUAAAUAGUGCCCUUCUAAUGUUUAAGUUGUGUAAGAAGACAGGAUAUAAACCAAGACAUGAAAUAGUCCAACUAUGGGCGACUGAGUGGCUGAAAGAUAAAUAAUUUUAAAUUUA